CCGCCAUGCCUCCCCUCUCCCUCCACCUCGCCCUCGCCGCCGCCGUGCUCGUCCUCGCCCCUCCCCUCGCCCUCUCCCACCUCUGCUCCGCCCCGCCCGGCGGCCCCUGCCCGCCCUUCCCCUCCUCCUCCCCUCCUCCCUACCCCUUCUCCGCCUCCCCCGGCUGCGGCCACCCCUCCUUCCAGAUCCGCUGCGCCUCCCCCCACUCCCUCCUCUCCAUCAACGGCCUCCCCUUCUCCCUCCUCCGCUACGACCCCAACUCCUCCUCCCUCACCCUCUCCCCCCGCCCCGCCCCUCCCCCCGACGGCAACUGCUCCUCCUCCUCCUCGCCGCCGCCGACGACGACGACGCCGUCGUCGCGCCCCUCCGCCAUCCCGAGCCGCGCCAUCUCGCUCUCCGGAUCCCCGUUCCGCGUCUCCGACUCCUCUUGCUCCCGCCUCUCCGUGCUCCGCCCCUGCUCCCCGCCUAACCUCCCCAACUGCAGUCGCUGCCCGUGGGAGUGUAAGCUCAUCAAGAGCCCUGUCCGUCUGCUCAGCGACUGCGGGUCCAAUGCGCACCGUCUCAGCUCCGAGCAGGGCUGUCAGGCUGACGUUCUUGGCUUUCUCGACAAUGUCUUGAAUUUUGGGAUCGAGGUCGAGUUCGACUUGGCUCAGGACUCCUACUUCGCCAGCUGCCGGGCUUGUCGGGCCGAUGGCGGCGUCUGCGGCUUCAACUUCGACGACCCGGGAAAGCAGUUCGUCUGCUUCGGCGCGCAGUCCCGGUUCUCGCCGCCGUGGAUCCGGCGCGGCGACCCGAACCGCGUUGCCGUGCUGUUGCUCGCCUUGACGUGCGCGCUGCUUCUGUUUUCGGUGAUCGUCGCGAUCUUCCGGUCGAGGCGGCUCGAGGCCUCCUCUUCCUCGGAGGAAGAUCCGACCGUCGUCUUCCUCCGCCGCCACCGCUCGGCGAGCCUCCUCCCGCCGGUGUUCACUUACGACGAGCUCGAGGAAUCCACAGACCGGUUCGACCCGAGACGGAAGAUCGGCGACGGCGGGUUCGGGUCGGUCUUCCUGGGGAGGCUACGAGACGGCCGGACCGUCGCCGUCAAGCACCUGCACAAGCACCACAACGCCGCGGCGGCGGCGGCGCGCGCGUUCUCCACCAAGUUGUUCUGCAACGAGAUCUUGAUACUGUCGUCGAUCGACCACCCGAAUCUUGUCAAGCUCCACGGGUACUGCUCCGACCCGAGAGGGCUCCUCUUGGUCUACGACUAUGUCCCUAACGGGACUCUCGCCGACCACCUCCACGGUUGCAAGAGCUCGCACAAGAAAGGCUCGCUGACGUGGCCGGUGAGGCUUGACAUGGCGUUGCAGAUCGCCACGGCCAUCGAGUACUUGCACUUCUCGGUGACUCCGCCGAUCGUGCACAGAGACAUAACGUCGUCCAACAUAUUUGUCGAGAAGGACAUGAGGAUCAAGGUCGGUGACUUCGGGCUCUCAAGGCUGUUGGUGUUCGACAGGACGGGGAACCCAUCAUCGACGACCGGUUCGGAGUACAUAUGGACCGGUCCUCAGGGGACGCCAGGUUACUUGGAUCCGGACUACCACCGCUCAUUCCGGCUGACGGACAAGAGCGACGUGUACAGUUUCGGGGUGGUGCUGCUGGAGCUGGUGUCGGGGAUGAAGGCGGUGGAUCAGGAGCGGGCCAAGGCGGAGGUGGCGCUGGCCGACCUGGUGGUGUCGCGGAUACAGACGGGAAUGCUCCACCAGGUGGUGGACCCGGCGAUGGCGGUCGGCGGCGGCGGCGAAGGGGAGGCGGCGGCGAUGGAGGAGGGCGUCUCCGCCGUGGCCGAGCUGGCAUUCCGGUGCGUCGCCGCGGACAAGGACGACCGGCCCGACGCGCGGGAGGUGGCGGAGGAGCUCAGGCGGAUCAGGGGUCGAGCGCGCGCGGGGGCCCCGGUUUGAAUGUCGCAUCGUCAGUGGUCCCCGCCGAGGUUUCAAGGGAA